AUGUCGCAUGACUUAACAAUUACCUUUGAAAAUAAUCACUUCAAAGAUAUUUAUGAUCAUUAUGCUUCCUUAGUUUAUCGAUUAAUGAAUGACCUUGAAUUUACGAUUUACAUUGGGACUACCUUACCACCAGAAUUACAAGAUGGUUUUACUAAAAUAAUUGUAGAUCUACUUAUUCUUCAUGGACGUAUUAUUCCAUGUAUAGAAGUAAUGAUAAAAGAAGAGUUUGAUAAAUCCAGUUCAGAAGGGACAUUGUUUAGGUCAAACAAUCUUUGUAGUAGAAUGAUGACACACUUUGCUAAAAGUAGUUGUAGACCCUUCCUUCGUACAACUUUAAAAAAUGUAAUUAAUGAAAUAAAUGUAUGUCCUCAUUUACUUGAAAUAGAUACACAAAAAGAUCCAUCAUUAACACCUCAACUUAUUGCAAAAAAUACAGAACUUUUACAAGCAUAUACUACUAAAUUUAUUCGUUCAAUUGAAUCAAACCUUCAUAACUUACCAGUACAAAUUAUAGAAAUUUGCAAACAAUUAUAUAGACACUCUCAAAAUAAAUUCCCACAAAGUAAAUUACUUCCAUUUACAAUGGUUGGUGGAUUUUUAUUCCUUCGUGUUAUUUGUCCUUCAUUAGCUGCCCCUGAAGCUUCAGGUAUUGAAAUGACACAUCCAAUUCAACCAAAUUGUCGAAGAAAUUUGAUAUUAAUAACAAAAAUAAUUCAAAAUAUUGCGAAUAAUGUAACAUCAACAAAAGAACCAUAUUUUAAACAAACUAUUCCAUUCACUAUUGAAAUGUCUGCAAAAUUAAAUAAUGAUAUUGAAAUGUUAUGUACUAAAACUUCUUCUAAUUCACCUGUAUCACAUACAUUUAAAUCUUUUGAAGAUACAGACAUGAAUAAUUUAUUUGAAUUACAUUCACUUUUAUUAAAGGCUAAAGAACUUCAGAAAGAACCAACUAUUGAAAGAAAAGAAAUUAGUAAAACAAUGCCAGCAAUCCCUAAAAAUUCUAUUGUUAAAGGAAGGGCUCGUGCUACUUUUGUUUCAUUUGAUAAAAAACCUGUUGAAGAACCACAAACCAUAUCUCCACAUGUUUCAUCUCCAAGAGAAAGUAAUCAAAGUAAAAGAAGUGGUGGAUGGUUUUCUGCUUCACCUCGUCAUGAAGAAUCCCAAACACCAUCAUCUCCUCGUUUAAAAGAAAGAAAAACACCAUCAUCUAGUUCUCCACAAAACAUUAUUUCACCUGUCAUUCCUAUUGAUUGUCAUUAUUAUGACUCAAGUGAAGAUGUUAUUUCAAGACCAAGUAGUACUAAAGAAAUUAGACUUAGCCAUAGUGAGUCUCCAGGGGUGUCUAAUUUCGGUUGUAUUCCAGAACGAAAUAAAUCCAGUGGGUCAUUACAAUCAAAUUCACCUGAUGUAGUUUUACCAAUCAAUUUAUCUGCGUCUCCUAGUAAUCCACCAACAACUAGUCCAAUAAAACAAUCACCAACACCAAAUAAAUUAUGGACACGAACAAGUGCAUCAAAAAGAACAAUUUCACCAAGAAUGAAUGCAUUAGAUAAUAAAGGAAGACCAAAAGAAAAAGAAGAACGAAAAAAAUUAACUCCCUUAGAAUUAUUUUGGUUAUUAAAUGAAUUCGCAGAUUUACUUGGUCCAUCUCCUCUUAUUGUAGAAAAGAAAUUAGGGAAUAGAUUAAAUGUUGAUGUAAGUGAAGAUGAAUUAGGAGGGAUGUGUGAAAAAAUAGUUGAAUAUCUUAAGAUUGGAAAAGCUGUUUAUAUUGAACGAGCACAAGAUGGAGCACAAGUUAUUUAUAUUAUUGUUAAUUCAUUAUUUCAAAUAUUAGAAAAAGACGAUACAAUUAAUCGUUAUUUUACUAAUAAAUGGGGAGACAUAGCACAAUUAUUUCUAAAAGAAAUAAAUGGGAAAUAUUCUAUUUUAUUUGAUCUUACUGGAGUAAAUUACAAUCUUAAAGAAAAGUUCUGGUAUUGUUUUGAACAAAGAAAUAAUGUUUUUGAUUAUAAACAACGUAAAAUGGUUAAACAAGUUAUUCUCUUUCAUAUGGGAAAAAAAGCAAAGAAGUUUUUAACAAGUGUUAAAGCAUUAUUUGAAACAAAAGCAUUAAAGAAAUUAAUUAUUGUAGAUAGUUGUGUUGGAUUAGAAGAAUUACUUGGAAUAGAUAAUGUUAUGUUACCUGAAGAAAGUAUUGCACUUGAUAGAAGAGAGUUUAAAGUAACAAAAAUUAAUAAUAAAGGAAAAAGUCAAGAAAGGAUAUUACGAUUAACAUUAGCGUCUUUAUGUAACAUUGAUCCAAUAACAGGAAUUAUGAAAAAUACAAUUAAUCUUGAACAAAUAGAGAAAAUAGAAAUUACAACUAUUUCAUUAAUGAUGGACAUUAGAUUUAGAGAUAAAGGAAAAUUAGAAAGUAGACUAUAUCAAUUUAGUUCACGUGCUUUAAUGGAAAAAGUUAUGUAUGAAAUGUAUGUUAUUUUCUUUAUUAGAAAAGGAAGAACAUCAACACAUUUUAGUUAUAAUGUAAAAAAGAAUGGAGCUGAUAUUGGAAAACCAUUAAGUUUUGCUAAGUCGAUAUUAAAAAAAGAUUGUCAAAUGAUGAUAACAUUAAAAAGUAUAAUGAUUAUUGAUAUGAUGAGAAUUACUGAUAUAGAAAUAAGCUCAUUAAUAGAAAUUAAAAAAGAUUUUGAAGGUAAAGUAUAUGUUGCUUGGAAAGAUACUGGAAAUGAUUGUGAAUUUCUUACUUUUGACCCUUUCCCAAAUGAAGAUGAUUUCAUUGAAGUUGUACGUUCAUUAAUGAAUUCUUCAAAAGGAAAAGAUAAAAAGCAACACUAA